UCUGCAUCAUCACAUGCUUUCCUUCUAAAAAAAGUCAAAACCGUCUUCUUCUUCCACCACCACCACCGCCACCGCCGCGGCCAUUACCGCUAUCUUACCAUACUCAUCUCUUUCCAUCUUCAUAUUCAAGAAGAAAUUUGGUGUUAUUAAAAAUGUCUUCCCACGAGAAUCAAAAGAAAGGAGUAAUGUAUGUGUACAAACUAGACACCGGAGGAGGCCACCACCACCCACAAACACCACCACCGUCAAUGAACAAGAAAGUUGUUUCCCGGAGUUGGGGACUACUAAAAAGAUCCAAAACCUACCGGGAAAAUGAGAUUAAUCAACAGCAUUAUGAUAAAGAAGACAAGAAAGAGAUGGUUCAUCAAGAAUCUGCAAGAAAAUCUGUUUCAGUGAUGGAAGGAGGGAGGAAGUUAAUGGAGUCGACUGGGAGGAGAUCGGUGGGGAAUGCGGCGGAGAUGAGUUUGGGAAAUGCAGCACCGAUGGCGGCGUUAAUGCAGAUUAGGGUUUUAGUGACGGACAUGCCGGCGUUCAUGCAAAUUCAUGCAUUCCGGUGUGCUAGACAAACGUUUGAUAGCUUAGAGAAAUUUAGCUCUAAACAAAUUGCCCUUAACCUCAAAAAGGAGUUUGACAAGGUAUAUGGGCCAGCAUGGCAUUGUAUUGUGGGCUCAAAUUUUGGCUCAUUCGUGACCCAUGCAACCGGGUGUUUUCUCUAUUUUUCCAUGGAAAAAUUGUACAUUUUAGUUUUUAAAACAAAAGUUAAGAAAAAUGUAAACUAAUUUAUAUGAAAAAUAUAUAUAUAUUUUUUUAAAUUAACCCAUGAAACUGAAAUAUCUGCGAUGUAUUUGUAUAUCUUUUGGAUUUUUUAUGUAAAUCUUUUUAUAUUUA